GAAAGAUUUGCACUAUAAGCAAACAGUAUCGGAAUGAGGCUUUGGCUGUUCAGUGUAAUUGUAAUUGGCUUCUGCUGGAUGAUGGGUCAGACCGCGAAGAAGCAUUUUGGCUUGGAAGACGGCUGCGUGAAGAAGAACAUGUAUAUGCACGAGAGCGCCUGCUCGGGCCCAUAUCGCAUCUACUUUGCCUUCCAUCGCGUAAUCUUCGACUGCAUAAAAGUCCGCACAAAGUGCCCCCGUAUAUACAAAUACAACGAGUAUAAUACCCUAAAGGAGUGCCAAACGGACUGCGCCUUGCUUAUGGUGCCGGUGAUUAAGAAUGAUGAUAAAACUGAAUCUGAAUCUGAUAAUGAAUCUGAAACUGAAACUGAUAAACCCGAAGAUAACGGCGACCCAUGAAUGACCCAGAGAAAGAGAAUGGAACGGAAACGCCAACAUAGCACAACCCAACUGUAAUUGUGCUGCAACUUAGGAUAAGUUAGGGAUAAACUAUAGCCUUUCCGUAACUACAAAUUCGUCUUACUUUCGA